AUGGAUCUGACACUUUGGUGCCUGCUUCUGUGUGUCGCCCGAUCUCUGGGUUACAACUUCAUCCCGAUUGACACCCAAGCAAUCGUAGACCCCCGAAUUCCCGUAAUCUACGACGUCUCUGCCUCCCAAGCGUUGCCCUACGCCGAAGCCGCCAUAUCCGGUUUCUGGGCCUCCUCCUUCCUCACAGCAUCCGAUGGCUCUCAAUAUUUUCUCGUCUCGGGACUGCUCGCCUCCCAGUCCGUCUCUGCAUAUGGAGCCUCCCUCCUUGACCUCACCACGCUCCAACGCAAUGCCUACUUCGGCCCAGCCUCCUUCUCAAACUCAAACCUCGAACGCUUCAAUUUCACCACUCAAGACUAUGAAUUCUCCGGCCUUCCCCCAAAUAAUCUAGACAUGAAGCUCCGCAGCAACACCAAUAAUGUCCACUUCGAUGUAACAGUCCACGCAACAUCCCCUGCUUUCUAUUACUGCGGUAUCGGCGCAUACAACUAUGUAAACGACACCAUGUACAACUGGGCGUUCCCCGCAAGCAAGACAUCAGGAAGCAUAUUCACCAGUAGCUCAGGCAAUGCUGCCCUCGAAAGGAUCGACAUUAAUCCCUCCGCCUCACUGACAUGGUACGACCGGGCCUGGGGCGCCGCAGAGCUCCGGAACGGCAACUCCACGUUCUUCAACCUCUACUUCGACAACAGCGACUUGAUCCUCUGGACACUUUUGGUCGAUAGCUACGACCCGCCGGUCGUAUCGCGCAGCAGUAAUAUCCGUGCGCGCGGGCAGAACUGGCACCAGCUUGUUCCGGUGGAUUUGUUCGAGAUGGGUACUGGGGAUGCGACUUGGACGUCGCCGCGGACGGGGCUACAAUACCCGCAGGAGUGGAGGGUAGGGAUUGAAGGGAGGGGAGAGCUGGUUAUUAAGAGUGUUGUUGGGGACCAGGAGUUUGCUGCUGAGGGUGCGCAUGGGGCGGGGGGUGCGAUAUAUAUUGGGUUUGCGACGUUUGAAGGGGUGUUUGAUGGGGAGAGCGUCACUGGGUUUGGGGGCGUUGAGUUGCGGAUGACUGCGCUUGUGUAG